AUGCCUCAGACUAUUAUUUUUGACAAUGGACCGCAGUUUGAAACGUCCAAGCUUCGAGAAUGGCUGGUCGAUCAGGGCAUUAAAGCUUUUGCUGUUGUUGCCCAUCCCCAGGCAAAUGGACAAGUUGAAGCCUUCAACAAAAUUUUAUCAGCAGGAAUAAAAAAGAAGCUAGACAAUGCUAAGGGAUUGUGGGUAGAAGAGUUACAGUUGGUUCUUUGGUCAAUCAGAACAACAGCCAAGAACUCAACUGGGGAAACUCCAUUUAUGCUCGUCUAUGGCUCAGAAGUCGUCCUCCCCAUUGGAAUUGAAGAACCAUCUCUGCGAGUCAUGCUUUAUUCAGAAGAUGUCAAUUGGCUGCUCUCCGGACGGCCUUGGAUCAGGUUCCUGAAGUGA